AACCUUUUUAAAAAAUUAGAAAGGAGCGAGAAGAAAAUUCUCAAAAACCCCCUGCUCUUUUCGCAGUUCUCUCUCCCUCCCUCCCUCCCUCUGGACUUUAACCAGAACGAUCCGUCUCUGAUUUCCAUUUUCGAUCAAUCGAUCAGGCGGAGAGGACAGCGAUAAUCAGAGUUCAAUCAUGUCGCUCUCUGAUUCUGAUACAUCUUCUCAGGGCGGCGACUACAAGAAUUUCAGACAAAUCACUCGCGAACGAUUAUUGCAUGAAAUGCUCCGAUCGGCGAAAGUUAAGGAUUCAAAAUCAACUUGGAAGGUACUCAUUAUGGACAAAGUUACCGUUAAAAUAAUGUCUUGCUCGUGCAAGAUGGCAGAUAUUACUGAGGAAGGAGUCUCAUUGGUGGAAGAUAUAUACAGGCGAAGGCAGCCAUUGCCUACCAUGGAUGCUAUAUACUUCAUCCAGCCAUCCAAAGAGAAUGUGAUCAUAUUCUUGUCUGACAUGUCUGGCAGGGCACCUUUAUACAGGAAAGCAUUUGUUUACUUCAGUUCACCUAUUUCAAAAGAAUUGGUUAAUCAUAUCAAGAAGGACACAAUUGUGUUGCCUCGUAUAGUUGCAUUGAAAGAGUUUAAUUUGGAGUACUUUGCAGUAGACAGCCAGGGAUUUAUCACAGAUAAUGAGAGGUCUCUAGAGGAACUCUUUGGAGAUGAGGAGAAUUGUCGAAAAGGCGAUGCAUGUUUAAAUGUGAUGGCCACCCGUAUUGCCACAGUUUUUGCUUCAUUGCGGGAACUGCCUUUUGUGCGCUACCGUGCUGCCAAGUCUCUUGAUACCCACACAAUGACAACAUUUCGUGAUUUAGUUCCUACGAAGCUUGCCGCUGGAAUAUGGAAUUGUCUUCUGAAAUAUAAAACUGGCAUCCCUAACUUUCCUCAGACUGAAACGUGCGAAUUACUAAUAGUGGACAGAUCAGUAGAUCAGAUUGCUCCUGUCAUACAUGAAUGGACAUAUGAUGCCAUGUGCCAUGAUUUACUGAAUAUGGAGGGAAAUAAAUACGUGCAUGAAGUACCUAGUAAACCGGGUGGUCCACCUGAGAAAAAAGAGGUCCUUUUGGAGGAUCAUGAUCCUAUCUGGCUUGAGCUUCGACAUGCGCAUAUAGCAGAUGCUAGUGAACGGUUGCAUAAGAAGAUGACAAACUUCGUAUCAAAGAAUAAAGCAGCACAAAUCCACCAUGGUUCAAGGGAUGGUGGUGAACUAUCUACACGAGAUUUGCAAAAGAUGGUUCAAGCUUUGCCACAAUACAGCGAACAAAUUGACAAGCUUUCCCUCCAUGUAGAGAUUGCAGGAAAAAUAAAUAAAAUUAUCAGGGAGCUGGGUCUUCGAGAACUUGGGCAACUAGAACAGGACCUUGUCUUUGGAGAUGCAGGAACCAAGGAAAUAAUCAAUUUUCUAAGAACGAAACUGGAUGUAACCCGUGAAAAUAAGUUGCGACUGCUGAUGAUUUAUGCAUCCAUUUAUCCUGAGAAGUUUGAGGGUGAGAAAGGGUCAAAGUUGAUGCAAUUAGCAGGAUUAAUGCCAGAUGAUAUGAAUGCUGUCAAUAAUAUGAGGUUGCUUGAGGGAGCAUCUGAUUCCAAAAAAAGCUCAAGCGGAGCUUUCUCUCUAAAGUUUGAUGUACAUAAGUCUCAGAGGAAGCAUGCAGCUAGAAAGGAUCGCUCUGGUGAACAAGAGACAUGGCAACUGUCUCGUUUUUACCCUUUGAUAGAGGAACUCAUUGAAAAACUUAGCAAAGGUGAACUACAAAAGAAUGAAUAUCCAUGCAUGAAUGAUCCAAGUCCAACUUACCAUGGGACCUCCCAGACUGCCUUGAUUACAAGUCAACCUCCUGCUCAUUCAAUGAGAUCAAGACGAACACCAACAUGGGCUCGGCCUCGUAACUCUGAUGAUGGAUAUUCAAGUGAUUCAAUACUGAGACAUGCAACUAGUGAUUUCAAGAAGAUGGGCCAACGUAUUUUUGUAUUUAUUGUUGGUGGAGCUACUCGGUCAGAGCUACGUGUUUGCCACAAGCUUACAGAAAAGCUGAACAGGGAAGUUGUCUUGGGCUCAACUAGCCUUGAUGAUCCUCCGCAAUUUAUUACGAAACUGAAGCUGCUUAGGGCACACGAACUGUCAUUGGAUGAUCUGCAGAUUUGAAUAUGCGUGGCUUAGGAAGCUGGAAAUGCACCGUUCUCUGGUUUGCCUUUCCAUUUGUAACCAUAGUUCCAUUUUAUUUUUCAUUGUAUCCAAUUUUUUAACAUCUGAUGUAAAAAAUCUGCCAUGGGUAUUUUAAGCUGAACCGUAGCUUCGCUAAGUUUGAUUGAUAGAAGACAAUUGGGUCUUUAGAAGUUUGAUCUCUGGCACCCUCCCAGUUAGCGUCCUCCCCACAUUCCUGCGUCUGGGAUUUGUAUCAUAAUUGUUAUAUCAGACCACUGACCCAUUCAUGUGUUAAUAAUAUUGUUUUUAAUCCA